CGGUGUUCGUGACCGCGUGCGAACGUUGUUCGAUCAUCGAGGCUGAAGGAUCCGCAAGCUUCGCUCUUGACGAAAUGAAACGGCAAGACUUUCUCUCGCUCGCUGCGCUACUGUUCGUCGCAUGGUUGACCGUCACAAGCUUCUUCAGUUACUACGGUUUAGGUCAGUUAGACCGCAUCAGGGAACCUGGCGAACCAUGGAAACUGACCUCUGUGGUACAGCGUCCAGCUCUUGCACGGCGCCAUAAGCAGUUGCUCGAGCUCUCAGAUCGUAACGUCUCGGAGACCGCACUUCUGGAGGGCGUAGCACCUGAACCGAAACCACCGGGAGAAAUGGGUGCAGGCGUCCAGCUCAAGAACUUGAGUCGCGAGCUGCAGGAGAAAGUCAAAGCUGGCUGGCAACUCCAUGCAUUCAACCAGUACGCCAGCGACAAAAUCUCGCUGUACCGCAGCUUGCCCGAUCCCAGGGACCCCGCUUGCAAAUCGUUGCGGUACCGGGAUAACCUUCCAGAGACCAGUCUCGUGAUCUGCUUUCACAACGAAGCCUGGAGCACACUUGUGCGAACAGUCCACAGUGCGCUUCGGCGAUCACCGCCGCACUUGCUGCGGGAGGUCAUUAUGGUCGAUGAUUUUUCUGAUUUCCCUUACCUUCAUACGCGUCUGGAGAACUAUAUGGCACGGUUCCCUAAAGUGCAAAUAAUAAGGCUGAAGAAGCGGGAAGGCCUGAUUCGAGCCCGCCUUACUGGAGCGGCAGUGUCAACUGCACCGGUCAUCACCUUCCUAGAUUCCCACUGCGAAUGCACUGACGGGUGGUUGGAGCCUCUUCUGGACCGAAUCGCUGAAAAUCCGUCGAACGUUGUCUCUCCCGUUAUCGACGUGAUCAACGACAACACCUUCGAAUAUGGCGUGUCGGACUACAGUGCUCUGAGCGUUGGCGGCUUCGACUGGACGCUGCAGUUCAACUGGCAUCCCGUGCCAGAGCGGGAACGGAAACGAAGGAAGCACAACUGGGAACCACUUAGGACACCUACGAUGGCCGGAGGUCUCUUCUCGAUAGACAGAGCCUUCUUCGAGAAGUUGGGGACGUACGACAGCGGUUUCGAUAUCUGGGGCGGAGAGAACCUGGAGCUGUCCUUCAAGACCUGGAUGUGCGGCGGUACUCUUGAGAUCGUGCCUUGUUCUCGUGUGGGUCACGUAUUUCGAAAACGAAGUCCAUACAGGUGGCGGUCUGGAGUGAAUGUCCUCCGUCGCAACACUAUCCGCUUGGCCAAGGUCUGGCUGGACGAUUACGCCAAACACUACUACGACCGUAUCGGAAACAAGAUCAGUGACGCCGGCGACGUGGAACCACGCAGGGCAUUGCGUCGCAGACUCAAGUGCCAGUCCUUCGGGUGGUACCUGGACACGAUCUACCCGGAGCUCUACGUUCCUGGAGAGACACUGGCCAAGGGAGAACUACGCAAUCUCGGAGGAAGCGGUCUAACCUGCAUGGACAUGCCGAUUGACCGUGGCCACAUGAAGAAGCCAAUGCAGAUGAUUGCGUGUCACGGUGAUGGUGGGAACCAGUUGUGGAUGCUCACCCCCAAGGGUGAGAUUCGCCGGGACGAGGCCUGUUUGGAUUACGACGGGAGGGGAGAGGACGUCUUCUUGUACCCCUGCCACGGAUCGCUGGGCAACCAGCAGUGGGUUUAUAAUUUGACUUCGAUGUCCGUCUUUCACGUACGUAGCCAGAAAUGUAUGGCUAUGACUUUGGAUCAUCGGAGGGCCGGAAUGGAGAAGUGCGACGGGAGCCCUAGGCAACGAUGGAAGUUUGGGAACUAAAUGUUGUUAUAAAUA